AUGUCUCCCAACGGACAAGCAUACCUAGUCAAGCCUGAUGCCCCUGAGGGUGCCACCAGAUUCCCACAGGCUCGCCUUGCACCUCUCUCCAACCACCGCACCAUCUACGUGUCCGGCACCGCGUGCUGCCGCCCUGAUGGCACCUGGCCUGGCGUCACUGAGACUUCGGACGGAAAGCGCACUCUCGACAUUCGCAAACAAACAGCUGCAGUUCUCGAGAACAUCGACAACAUCAUCAGAGGCGCGACAGAUGGAAAGGGCGGCAUCCAUAACUUGAUUGACGCUGUUGUGUACAUCCUGGACAUGGAGACCCAAUAUGCUGGCAUGAACGAGGAGUGGAAUAAGGUCUUUAAGACCCGAGAUAGUGCGCCAGCUAGAGCUACCAUUGGCGUCAGGGAGCUGCCUGACCCACGAAUGAUUGUUGAGGUCAAGGCUGUUGCAGUUGUCGAUAUAUAG